AUGUCAGGUCCAUGUCAGGUCCAGGUCCAGGUCAGGUCUACGUGCAGGUCAAGUCCAGGUCCAGGUCCAGUUCCAGGUCCAGGUCCAGGUCCAGGACCUGAUGAGGUCAAAUCCAGAUCUAAGCUCAGAUCAGGUAUAGGUCCAAUUCCAGGUCCAGGUCCAGAUCAGAUCCAGCUCCAGGUCCAGGUGGAGGUCAAAGUCAGGUCCAGUUCCAGGUUAGGUCAACGUCUAGGUCCAGGUCUAGGUUCAUUUCCAGGUCCAGGACCAGGUCCAGGUCCAGACCCAGGUCCAGGUACAGGUCUAGGUUCAGGCCCAGGUCCAGGUCCAGUUCCAGGUCCAAGUUCAGGUCACGUCCAGGUCCAGGUCCAUUACAAAAUCAGACAUACGUACAGUUCAGGUCAAGGUCCAGGUCCAGGUCCAGGUCUAAUCCAUAUCUACGUUCAGUUCAGGUCCAGGUCCAGGAUCAGGUCUUGGUCCAGGUACAGGUCGAGGUUCAGAUCAUGUCCAAGUACUAGUCCAGGUAUAGGUCAGGUCCAGGUCCAUGUCUAG